CUGGAAGUAAUACCGCUCCCAUAGGACAGUUGGAGCUGCUCAGGCGCCUGCACAGUGGACAUUUUGAUGCAAAAUUUCAUCAACAAUGGCUACCGUACUGAACACAACUUCUUCAAUUAGGUUAUGGAAUCGUACGGGCGACCAUCUACGUACCACUAAGCUUCUGGCACCUACCUCCGUUUCGUUCACCAGGCGGAGGCUCGUAAUCAGAGCAGCAGAAACUGAUACUAGUGAAGUUAAAUCUCAAGCCCCAGAUAAGGCACCGGCUGCUGAUGGUUCGAGCAUCAACCAGUUGCUUGGCAUAAAAGGAGCGGCUCAGGAGACGAAUAAAUGGAAGAUUCGCCUUCAACUUACAAAGCCUGUGACAUGGCCUCCAUUGGUCUGGGGAGUGGUCUGUGGAGCUGCAGCUUCUGGAAACUUUCACUGGAAUCUAGAAGAUGUUGCCAAGUCAAUUGUUUGCAUGUUAAUGUCUGGUCCAUUUAUGACUGGCUACACACAGACACUUAAUGAUUGGUAUGAUCGAGACAUUGAUGCAAUCAAUGAGCCUUACCGUCCAAUUCCUUCAGGAGCAAUUUCUGAGAAUGAGGUUAUAACUCAAAUUUGGGUGCUGCUUCUGGGAGGCCUCAGCUUGGGUGGUUUGUUAGAUGUGUGGGCAGGGCAUAAUUUUCCUGUUGUCUUUUACCUUGCCCUUGGUGGAUCCUUGCUGUCAUACAUAUAUUCAGCUCCUCCUUUGAAGCUCAAACAGAAUGGAUGGAUAGGAAAUUUUGCCCUGGGAUCAAGCUAUAUCAGUUUACCAUGGUGGGCAGGUCAAGCUUUAUUUGGUACACUUACACCUGAUGUAGUUGUUCUUACACUAUUGUACAGCACAGCUGGGUUGGGUAUUGCCAUCAUUAAUGACUUCAAGAGUAUUGAAGGUGAUAGAGCAUUGGGCCUGCAGUCACUGCCAGUAGCUUUUGGCAUUGAUACUGCUAAAUGGAUUUGCGUCGGAGCUAUAGACAUUACUCAGUUAGCUGUUGCUGGUUAUUUGUUAGGAACAGGUAAACCAUAUUAUGCCUUGGCACUACUAGCCCUGAUUAUUCCUCAAGUGUUUUUCCAGUUUCAAUAUUUCUUGAAGGACCCAAUAAAGUAUGAUGUGAAGUAUCAGGCUAGUGCACAGCCAUUUCUGGUGCUGGGUCUUUUGGUGACGGCAUUAGCAACAAGUCAUUGAUCUCAACAGAGUCAUAAGAGGCUUAGCUAUUGUUCCAAGAAGGCAUCCACACACUUCUUUUGAUGAAACCAGAUUAGUGUCACGUUGAGCAGAUAUAGCCUGGAGUAGUGAGGGAGCCGCUGUAGAGGUAGGAAGAAGGGUUUUGAGUCCAGCAACCCUUCUCUCUCUUGUAUCGUGAAAUCAACAUGAGCAGUCUCUUAAAAGGCAAACUAAUCUGUUCUUUUGCUUGUCUAGUGUGGAUUUUAGGUCCAUCUUAUAUAGAAAAUGCAGGCACAUUUAUCA